AGGGGAGGUAAUUUGCACGGAUCAAGGGGGCAAGGCGCCGUAAAGUAUAAAUACUGUGACUUCAAUAGAGGAUCACCAGCAGGUUCCCCAACUCCGCUAUACCAAAGGAGGAGGAAUUGACAGAGAAGAGAUCUGUUUUUUUUUCUUCUUCUUCUCCACCUUCAUCCACAGUUUGGCUUGCAUCACCUUGUAUCAUUUUCAACGAGCCACACCAUUGAUGUCUUAAGCAGCGAAGGGGGGAGAGUGUGCGUGUGUGUGCGAGAGAGAGGGAGUGAGUGCAUGGUGUUUUUUCCAAGAGGAGAGGAAGCAGUGAUGGAAGAGCUCACCGCUUUCGUAUCCAAGUCCUUCGAUCAGAAAGUCAAGGAGAAGAAGGAAGUGAUAACCUACAGGGAAGUGUUGGAGACCGGGUCGGCGCGAGCGGGGAGCCGGGACUCUUUAUCCGCGGAGCCCGGGAGCCGAGAGGAGGCGGCCGCGGUCGCCCGGAACGUGGCGCUCUCGCCGGGCAGGGAGACGGACAUGCUCGGGCCGGAGAGGAUCAGGGACGCGGGGAGUCCCAAACUCAUUGACGGCACCACGGACGUGAAGGAGAGGAAAGAGGACUCGAAGCCCAUCGAGGAUGAAACGCAAACAAAGAUCAAGCAGAGGAGAAGUCGGACUAACUUCACGUUGGAGCAGCUCAACGAGCUGGAGCGGCUCUUUGACGAGACGCACUACCCGGACGCCUUCAUGCGGGAGGAGCUGAGCCAGAGACUGGGACUGUCGGAGGCCCGAGUACAGGUUUGGUUCCAGAACAGAAGAGCCAAAUGCAGGAAGCAGGAGAACCAGUUACAUAAAGGAGUCCUGAUUGGAGCAGCGAAUCAGUUCGAAGCUUGUCGUGUAGCGCCAUAUGUCAAUGUGGGGGCUCUACGGAUGCCAUUCCAACAGGAUAGUCAUUGCAACGUGCCGCCCUUCUCCUUUCAGGUGCAGGCGCAGCUGCAGCUCGACAGCGCCGUGGCUCACGCGCAGCACCACCUGCACUCGCAUCUGGCGGCGCACGCGCCCUACAUGAUGUUCCCCGCGCCGCCGUUCGGGCUGCCCCUGGCGACGCUCGCGGCGGAGUCGGCCUCCGCCGCCUCCGUGGUGGCCGCCGCCGCCGCCGCCAAGAACACGAGCAAGAACUCCAGCAUCGCCGACCUGAGACUGAAGGCCAAAAAACACACGGCGGCGUUGGGACUGUGACAGCGAGGACCCGGGGGCGACCGAGGAGACACUGAACCAAAACUGCUUAUAAAGUGAGGGAGGGAGGAAAAAAAAAAAAGAAGAAGAAGCACGGACGUAAUUUAUGUUUUCUCGAUGAAGGAGGACGAGUAUAAUAUAAAAUAUAGGCUAUUUAUGAAAGACAAUGAAAGAGACUGUGACGUGAUAGCCUACACAGACGCCUAAAAGUGGCGGACGGGGUGGACGGCAAAGCAGGGACAGAUACCCCGAGGAGGAGGAGGAGGAGGAAGAGGAGGAGGAGGAUGCAGCUGGGUCGGUCGAUUCUUUGUCAAACAAGGCGAACCAUACUGCAUUUUUUCCUGUUUGAAUAUUGUAUUAUUGCUGUUAUGAUUUCGUUUUGAUUCUAUAUAGAGGCUGGCCUCAUAAUACCCCCCCCCCUCUUCCCCUUAAAAAAAAGAAGAAAAUGAAAACCUUUCUGCCAAAGUGGGGUGGAUUCUUUGUCAAAAGUAGGAACAGUUUCCCUCCACUGUUUCUUGUCCAGUUUGAAAACGCCUCUGCAGUGUUUGCAUGAGUUUGUGAGCCAUCUCUACCCCUCCCUCUCCACUCCACUCCCAUCCCCUCUUAUCCUCUGUCCUCCCCUCUCAAUGGAAAGUUUGGCCUUCCUGACCUGGUUUGGACCUCCCAUGGCUGAAGGUGAAACGGGCCCCACGCAACAAAUGUGAGAUUAUAAAAGAAAAUGUGUUUUUAAAAAAAAAAAAAAUCAUAAUUCAAGCCAGUGUUCAUAUUAGCCUACAAGGUGAUUUGCACCCCCUGCUUUUAAUUUUUUUUUCUUAUUAUGGAAGGUAAAUCUUUUGAAUGUCAUCUGUAACACAGCUGACUGUAUGCGAACCGGUACGGGCACAUGUAAAAUAUGUUUAUAUUGAAGAAAAAAACAUGCAUAAUUUUUUAUGAUUUAGUGGCUUCAUGAGAGCCUCGUUGGGAAUUUGUUCAUUUUGUCUUAUUUUCCCCCGUGCAUUAAAAACCAUGUGCUUUCUGUAUGUAAUGUUGAUGUUUUUUAUAUAUUAGUGAACAUGAGCUCACCAAAAGCACGGGUUUCUAAAGGGGAAAAAAAAAAACGAAUGACCAUGAAAUUAUUUUAUUUAAUUUUUUUUCCAUCACAUGUGAAACGUGAAACCACCCUAACAAAAGUUGAUUUUUUUUCUUCCUAUAAUAAAUUAACAAAAGUUUCUU